CGUUCGGUUUGGGAUUGGAAAAUUAUUGGACGCGUUACAGUCUGUGCAACAUAUAACAAAGUCUAUGGAGUCAACAGCCGUGUUUGAACAGGUUAAUCUCAUUAGGAGAAUGAUUAACAGGUUCUUGUUCUCCUCCUCUUUGUUAUCAUUUUCUUUGCUUAGCUGCUUGGUCAUCCAGAAAAUCCAGAUGGCUGUUCCAUCAUUAUUCUUUCUUUGUUUGGGCUUGUAUUCUUUCUGUGUUUCUGCACAAGGAUAUAGCAACGGCAACAUCAAGAUCAGCUGCCCCAACUCCUUUGGCUGUGGAAAAUUCGGACCUCUGUAUUUUCCGUUGACUACUGAGAUCUAUUCCCAGUGUGGCCUCUACACGGUGUUCUGCAAUGGAGACGAUCAGCUUCCUGACGUAUAUAUCUUUGAUCCAAGUGAACACUUUUAUCUCAGAAACGUAACUGAAAUCUCAUCCCAUUCCAACGGUAGGAGCAGGAUUAAACUCAAUGACACAAGCUUCAAAGCUGAUUUAGAUACCAGAAAUUGCAGUGCCUUGAGGAAUUUGACUUUACCCAACUCUGCUUCUCUUUCAUUCUCCAUCCCUCACAAUCUCACCCUCUUCCAAUGCAACAGAAGCUCCUUUGCAUCUAGCUCUCCCACCGAUAAUCUCUAUUUCAACUACACAGGCUGCGAUGAUCAUAACUAUAUUUACUACUACAAGUAUCCACCACAGCCUGAUAAUGUUUCUUAUUCUCAAGCUCAACUUUUUCAUGGCUGCUCCCUGAUUCAGCUGCCUUUAAGUUCGGACGAAUUUGAACCUGUCGAUGUUGGCAACCUAUUCGAACUACUGACUGCUAGCUAUUACAUCGAAUUGCAAGCGUCCGAGGAUUGCCUAAAAUGUCACCGGAGAGGAGGCCAAUGUCAGGAGAUCAACCAAAAAUUUCACUGCACGGCCAAAACAGGAGGGGCAAACGUCAAACUGAUCAUCAUCCUUACAGGUACAGGUAUUGGAACUAUUGCAUUAGUGGCCAUAAUAUUCUCCUUCUACUAUACCGAAUGGAAACAUUUGUUAAAAAAAAUUCUCUGUUUUGCAAAUCUUGGGAAAAUAUAUGAUCAAAAUGUUGAGACUUUUCUAAAGAGCUUUGGUUCUCUUGUCCCUAAAAAAUAUAGCUACUUGGAGAUUAAGAAAAUCACCAACUCUUUCAAAAAUAAACUUGGUGAAGGAGGCUUUGGUGGUGUUUAUAAAGGAAAGUUACAUGAUGGGCACUUUGUGGCAGUGAAACUUUUGAAGGAAUCAAAAGGUGAAGGAGAACAAUUUAUUAAUGAGGUUGCAAGUAUAAGUCGGACAUCUCAUGUUAAUAUUGUGAGUCUAUUGGGUUUCUGUUAUGAGAGUGGGAAAAGGGCUCUAAUUUUUGAGUUCAUGGCUAAUGGAUCUCUCGACAAAUUUAUAUACGAUAAAAAUAUGCCAAAAGAACAUGAAUUGGGUUUGGAACAAUUAUAUAAGAUUGUUGUUGGUGUUGCUAAAGGGUUAGAGUACCUCCAUUUAGGUUGUAAGACAAGGAUUUUGCACUUUGAUAUAAAGCCUCACAAUAUUCUUCUAGACGAAAAUUUUUGUCCCAAAAUAUCUGAUUUCGGACUUGCUAAACAAUGUCUUCCCAAGCAAAGUAUUAUUUCAUUGUUUGGAACAAGAGGGACGAUUGGAUAUAUUGCCCCUGAGCUAUUUUCAAGACACUACGGCGGAAUUUCUUAUAAAGUAGAUGUUUAUAGCUAUGGGAUGAUGAUUUUGGAUAUGGUUGUGGGGAGAGAAAACUGGAAUGAUUCAGUCGUUGAUUGUAGUAGUGAUAUGUAUUUUCCAAAUUGGAUAUACAAACAUCUUGAAAAGGAACAAGAAAUUGGGCUUCAUUGUAUUACAAGUGAAGAAGAAAAUGAAAAAGCAAGAAAGAUGAUAAUAGUUAGCUUGUGGUGCAUACAAACCGAUCCCUCAAAUCGUCCAUCAAUGACAAAAGUGUUGGAAAUGUUGGAAGGAAGUCUACAUUCAUUACAUGUCCCACCCAAACCUCUUUUGUUUUCUAUUAAUGGACCGGUAAUUACACAUUGUCCAACCACAGAUGGCAUCACAUUUUGUUCAUCCAAUAUGAGUUGAGGAUGCCGAAUUCCUUGAAAAGAAAGGUCUUUAAAGAUGAAAGGUGGUACAACAAUACUCAAGAUAAGAAAGAGCCAGCACUUAUCUAUCUAUAUUCAAAAGAGACACAAGUUACACUCAUAAGCACAUGUGAACGAAAACAGUUGAGAAGGGUUUCAACGAAAAUCCUUUGUAUCCAUCUUCAAGUGUGCUGUGUGAAGUGAAAAAGGAGAAGCAAGCUAAAGCAUUCUUUCAUCGUUACUCUCCAACUUUAAAACCAAAGAGGUUUGUAACAGCCGUGUUUUGGUCGUUUUUCAUUACGAAAAUCCAUUGGGCUGUAAGAGGUAAACCUUAUUUAUCUCGUUUAAAGUGUAAAGUUUGAGUUGAGCCUAAAACUCACAAGUUAUAAGGUUUGAGUUUAUCCCAAAAAAGCUCAUUGUGGUAAAGGUUUGAGUUAAGCCAUAAAAACUCACCUUGUAAGGUUUUAGGAUGAACCGUGGUAAAACCCUUGGCGUGUUGAUCACUAAGUGAAAAGUGAUUGUGGUUGAAAAUCCUUCAAGUGGGUAAGCUUGAAGGUAGUGGAGUAGGCAGGUGCCAAACCACUAUAAAUCUCGUGUGCUCGUAUCUU